AUGGUCAUGGACAAAAUCGCAGAGAAUCAGCUACGCGUAUGCGCGGAAUGGAUCGAAGGCUUUGAGCACCCGACACCAGAAAGCGUGAUCCGACAUCGCCAUGAAGACUGCGUCCACAUCCAACGACCUCGCUCAAUGGGCAUUCCCAUCCGCAACAAUGCGCAGUACAGCAAGUAUUUCACCAAACUGCUGAUCCCGAGUCUGCACAACUUCAAGGUGAACUGGAAGGUCCUGAGCAACGACCCCACGAGGAACAUACUGGUCUUCUUCGCCACAGCGCACGGCGAUAGCGCAGUUGGACCGUACGACAACGAAUAUAUCUGCAUCCUCCGGUACACCAAAGACGGGACGCAAAUCACGCAGAUUGAAGAGUUCCUCGAUUCCAAGUUCACGGCCGACUUUUUCGCAAGGCUGUACCUCGAUUCUCACAAGAAGAAUCCGGCGGCAAAGCUUUAG